AUGGCGUAUCACGACGAGCCCCCACUAGAGCUUCCUUGCACUUUUUCUACGUAUUUGGCCGCCGGUGAUAAAUACGUGUCGACCAAGGACUUUCAAAAAGCCCUCGAUGAAUAUAACAAGGCACUCCACGCCAAGCCGAACGACAAAAACUGCCUUAUCGCUCGCGGGAAGUGCCACAUUCUCAACGGCGAUCCAACUUCUGCCCUUGACGACGCCGACAGCUGCAUCCGCGACGACAAGACCUUCCACCGCGGCCUCUUGCUCAAGGCUGAAACGCUCUAUCUCAUGGGCGAGUUUGAGCACGCGCUAAUGUUCUACCACCGCGGACAGCGACUACGACCGGAAACUGAAGACUUCCGCCUUGGAAUCCAAAAGUGUCAAGAAGCAAUCGCCAACUCAGUCGGCGGCCCAGAAGUAAUCCAGCUCGACGUUGAAUCGCGCAAAAAAUCAGCUUCGAAGCAGCGAUCAAAGAAAAAAGCGACGCGCUCAAAUCUGGGUGAAAUGUACGAAGAUCGACAAUUCUUGGAGAAACUAGCGAACGAUAGCGCAUUAAUGAAGACUUUUGACGGGAAAAACUCGGUCGGGGAACUUGUCAAUCAAGGAAUUCGGUACUUAGACGAUCGGGCUGACUUCUGGACCCAGCAGAAGCCUGAAUAUACUCGCUCGCGGGAGAGAACGAUGCUCAAGCCCAUUCCUGUUGAAGCAAUCAAGACUGAUAUUUCUGCUGCUGUCAAACUUUUGGACGACAAAGAAUACGAAGAAGCCCUCAAAGCAAUAAUCGAUAUCAACACCAACGUAGAAACACAUCCCGAUGUAAACAAAGGACCAAUGAUGUGCGCCCUCCAAGCUGAUAUCAACUCUGUCUACGGCCAAGCUCUCCUUGGUCUCGGAAAGAAUGAGGAAUCAAUUACAAGACAUAAGAAAGAACUGGCAGCAGCGAAAAAGAGCGGAAUAACCGAUCUUAAAGUUCGAGCGAUGGAUAAUCUUGCGGAAGCGUACGUCAAAAACCAGAACUACAAACACGCGAUGAACAUUUACCAAGACCGUCUUGGCAAUUCAACCAGCGAAGGUGAAAAAGCGUGGCAUUAUCACAACUGGGCCCGUUGUCUUCUGGAAGAAGGGCUUUUGGUGAAAGCGCUGGAAAUCGCAGAAUUGGCGAGAGAGACAGCGCAAAAGGCGGAAGAUAAGGUCUGGGAGCUCAACUCGCAAAUAAUCGUCGCUCAAUCGCUUCUGAAGCAGACGAGAAUCGAUGAAGCUGAAGACGCUUACGUCACUGCAAUGGCUAUCGCCGAGGAAAACAACGAUGAACAAUGCAAAACAGCGAUUAAUGAUCAACUUGUGGCGAUCAAAGCGUACAGAAAGGCUCAUCCGAGUUCUAGAGCUCCUCAUGUUUCUGGUCUUCCCGCUGAAGACGCUGAAAACGCUGUCCAAGAAGCCGAAAGCGCUCUUUCCCAAGAAGAAGAAGCCACAGAAAAGACUGAACCGGAAGCAGCUGAAACAAACCACGAAUCCCAAACCGCUCCUUUACCAACGUCUGAAGAGUCAACUACUGACUAG